AGCUGUCGUGGUAGUGAAUUCAAGCGAGCUACCAUGAAUUGGACAGGGACGGAGGUAGUGCAGUGGAUAAAUAGCAACAGGGCAAUCAGAUAUCGGGCUGUAUGUGUAUAAUAACAUUAUUUUCUGAAGGGGAGAGAUACUGGCCUUCUACGGGUGUUCAGAGUCCUCCGUCAGGCCCUCAGGGUGAGCAUCACUGCUUCUCUUCGUCAUCACACAGCUACGCUGAAGCAAGGCCAGGUCAGCGUAGGUGUGAAGGACCGUUGACUACUGCGGUGGCGGGGCAAGAGCACGCAGCUCAGGAAGAUGGCAUCACCCUUUGUGCCUGUCCCUGUGCCCAUGGACAGAGCCUUGUCAGGAGGCAGCGGCAAGCUCAGACGGCCACAGCGAGCUUCAUCGCUAGGCAGCGUCUCCAGCAGCUCGUCCUGUUCCUCUAUCCCCAGGGCGGCCGGGGAGGACCACGGGAGAGGAUGUGGAGCGUCGGGUUCCCAGCACCAAUCCCGCUGCAUGGACAGAGGCGGCCGGAGCAGGACACCGCCCCUCCAGAGCCCUGUGGCACGGGCCAUGGUGAAUGGGACUCUGGAGCCCUCCAUAGAGUACUCCAGCUGCCCCCGCUCCAUAUCUGACCCUGUUGGCAACCAGCAAGGCGAGGAGAGGCCUAUCACCCCCACUGUGCUGGGGUAUGAGGUCAUGGAGGAGAGGGCCAAGUUCACGGUAUUUAAGGUCCUGGUCAGGAAGACUCCAGAUGAGAGCUGGGUUGUUUUUAGAAGGUACACAGACUUCUCCAGGCUCAACGACAAGCUGAAGGAAAUGUUCCCAGGCUUCCGCCUCUCACUGCCUCCUAAGCGGUGGUUCAAAGACAACUAUGACACAGACUUCCUGGAAGACAGACAGUUGGGGCUACAGGCCUUUUUGCAAAAUCUGGUUGCACACAAGGACAUUGCCAACUGCCUGGCAGUGAGAGAGUUUCUGUGUCUGGAUGACCCACCUGGGCCUUUUGAUAGUCUGGAGGAGAGCAGAGCGUUCUGUGAGACUCUGGAGGAGAGCAACUAUCGCCUCCAGAAGGAAUUGCUAGAGAAGCAGAAGGAGAUUGCUUCCCUGAAGAGGAGGCUCGAGGAGAAGGAGCAGGCCAUUUUGCGACUGGAGAAGCAUGUCAAGUCAGUUGACAGUGGUGAGUGUGUGAGCCCUGAGUCUCUGUGUGAUCUGUCAGCUCAGGGCAGUGAGAGCAGUGCAGAUGCAGAUGUGGAGUCGUCUGCUGCAGAGGCUGAUCAGGACAUGCCUGAUGACACUGGCAGCGCCGCCCCAAUCUGAAAAAAGCACCCCAUAACGUGUGAGUGGCAGGUGUGAGGUCCAGCCGGUGAGAUCCUCUGCCUGUUGGUGUGGGCCAUCGCUCAGCGCCUCUCCUCCGGUCAUCCAGGUCACUCAGCUUUACCACCAGAAGCUGGAACACUAACGCCGAACACUGGUCCUCCUCUUCACAUUUUUCCUCCAUCUCCUCCCCUUGUAGUCCACUCCAUCUUUCUUAUGUUUGAGUGCUCCUCUAUACCCUUCUUUUGUUUAUUUUUGUCCAAUUUUUGACCUUAACCUCUCUGUCCCAUCACAAACCCCUUUUUCCACGUCACAGAUUGUAGCCGCUGUUUCACCUUCCAGUCUUGGAGUUGGAUCUGACAGCCUUUAACUCAAGAUCUAUGUAUUAGGUCAAAAGGGAACAGUUUAACACUGCAGCAGCCUGUUUCACUUAUAUUUCCCCAUUUAAAAUGGCUUACAGGAUAUUUUAUCUGGCACCUACAAAGGACUGAAGACCAUCUACAACUUCCUAUAAGGACUAUAUCUGGAAUUACAUGGUUAUACUUAUUAAGACCUCAGACCAAGAUGAUCUUACUUAAACUGUGUGGGGAUUUCUCACUUUUGCACCUCCUACCGUGGCUGCCAGAUUGGAUCAAUUUGAUCCUGCAGUCACAAAGCCAAAGUUUGGCUUCUUGACCAAAAAAAAUAAGACUUGAAGACUCACACCACCUGGGUGGUUUGACGAUUUUCACAUUUGUGACAAUCCACAGAAAACCUGAACCAUCGUCUCACCAGUUUCUGCAGACGUGCUUUGCCUUAUGGCUCCUUACUUGUGACAAUAGGCCCAUUCGCAAGACAGAGAAACAACACCCCCAUGUGGCUAUAGAAAUAAGAAAAAGGUCUGGAUAAAUGAAAUGUUACAAAUGUUCCUGCUUUGGUCACCAGGUGGGUAUCGCAGAGGAUUGUUGACUUUCUCUUUGCAGUUACUUCCAUCAUGUCAUUGCUUUGUACUGCCACUGGCUCUCAUUUAGGCUGUAGACAGACAUUACUUGAGGCUUCAUUGUCUAUUCACUUGCACUCAAACUUACUUUGCAUCUAAAAGCCUACAUUCCCUCAUGUUUUAGUGCCAUGCAUGAUUUGUGGUAAACCAAGUCCUGCAGGAGACAGUUAAAAUCUGUAUCAUACCGUAGCAAGAGAGAACCAUGGAAAUGUGGCCUGUUGUUGUUUUCCCCUGUCACUUUGCUCUUAUGCACACACAUGCAUCAGUUUUCUUCAAGGCAUUGAUUAUGCCAAUUAAGUUCAAGUUCAUAAAUAUUUACAACACAACUCUCCACCUCCUAUGGCGCUUCGCCUGUUAAUAGAGUGUAGACGGGUUUUGGACUUCUGUUAAGAGACACAUUUCUAAGGUUUCUGUUUCUUGAUACAAUUUAGGCAGAAGGAUUUUAGUUUGUACUCAAAUUACGUUUGGAAAAACUCAACAGCAACUUGUCUUUCCAUAAAAAUGUUACGGUUAUAUGGGAUAAUCCAGAGACCUAAUUUUCUAAAUGUUUCACUUGGACCACCAUCUAUUGAGACAGAACCAUCAUGCAUUUCAGGAAGAAUUUAUUGACAUAAGCGACUGAUAUAUCCAGCCUAGCUGGUUCUGUAUCACCUUCAAGACUGUUACCAGGCCUACACAUCAUCCCCAAAAGCCAUUUUUUAAAACCCAAAUACCACUAUGGAGGCAGGGGUUUCACAUGUGCUAAUGUGUGCUGACCAGCUGUUUAAACUCUUUCAUAAUGAGUAAUGGAGUGUAUAAUAACCACAGCUAAUGCUGAAUCGUCUCAAACUAGACCUGGAAAACGGUCAUGUGAUGCACUUUAUGGAUGAAUGGCAACCCAUAAUGUUUGCUAGGAUAUGGUUUUUAUUACGUCAUUUGUUAGAGACAGAAAUGUGCCUUUUCAAUCACUGAGAUCUAAUGUGUUUAUAUGUAAGUAAUGUGUAUUGAGUUUUGUUAAUGUUUUUUUUCCUUCUGUA